AUGCCGGUCAAGAUGUGCGAUGUGACGGCUCGCGUCUUUGCAGCCAUGCAGAAUCUGGACAUAACAUCGCUGGCCGGUUAUCCACAGGCGGAGAUUCGGCCAGUGCUGCCAUCGUUAGUGCGCAUGAGUCUGUUGUCGCCGCUGGAUAACACCGAGUCGUCCAUGGAGUCGCGCAAACAGAUCCUGGCCGUGCUCAUUGGCAUUGAAGUUGUGAACAGCAUUGUAUCGUACCUGCAGGUCAACUACCAUGAGCUCGAGAAUGAGUUGAAGAAGGAGCUGCAAACACGCCUAAAAACUGUGUUUUUUGAAGGCCAACACGACUAUGGCCUGCAGACAGGAAUAGCGCUGGGUUUUGAACGGGCCGAUGUGGCACGCAAGGUGCGCGUCGUAUUAUCCGAAAUAUUCAAUCUCCAGCAACAGGUGUCGGAGCAAAAGCCUGCUGUGCACUCAGAAAUACUUGACGAUGGUAUAUAUUUAGAGGAAGUCGUAGACAUCCUUUGUAUUGCACUGGCAGAGUUGCCUUCGUUGUUAAAUAUACUCGAAUUAACUGAUGCAUUGAUGCAUGUGCCGACUGGACAUCGCAUCGUAUGUGCAUUGGUUGCAAAUUUUCCCGAUUGCUAUCGCGAUGUAGUCUCUCAUGUUAUUGCCAACUGCGACGAGGAGGGCGUUGAUGGCAAGCACAGACUGUUGCUGCUGAUGGCUCUUAGCGAAAUGAAUCCCACCCAAGCCCUUGCCAACCGUUCAAUGUGCGUUGACAUGCUUAAAGUGCCUUCCUUUAUGUUGAAGCUUACUCUAAAGCAUCCCGAGGAUUUGACUGCAUUUUUGACUGGACUUUUGCUGGGCAAUGAUCAGAAUCUACGUUCUUGGUUCGCCCUGUAUAUUCGGUCUAGUCAAAAGCGAAAAGGCGAUGCACUUAAUCUGGUGCGUGUAGAGCUACUCCAGAAGAUUUUACAUAUCACGAGCAAUGCUGCUGAGAUCAAAGAUUUCAAUUUGCAGGGUGCUGUGCUGCUGCGUCUCUAUUGUGCACUACGUGGAAUUGGAGGUCUUAAAUUCAACGAUGAUGAAAUUAACGCAUUGUCCCAGCUGGUGACAAGCUGCCCACAGGCCACCCCUUCAGGCGUGCGUUUUGUGACACUGGCUCUGUGCAUGCUCAUUGCCUGUCCAUCGCUGGUAUCAACAAUACCACUAGAAAACAAGGCCAUCGAAUGGCUGCAGUGGCUUAUUAAAGAGGAUGCCUUUUUCUGUAAGCGUUCUGCCACGAGUAGUUCUCUAGGCGAGAUGCUGCUUCUACUCGCGAUUCACUUUCACAGCAACCAAAUAACGGCCAUCAGUGAAAUGGUGUGCUCCACACUGGCCAUGAAGAUACCCAUAAGACCUAAUAGCACUAAUCGCAUAAAACAGCUAUUUACACAAGACCUCUUCACCGAACAGGUGGUUGCCUCACAUGCAGUGCGUGUGCCAGUUACACCCAACUUGAAUGGAACCGUGCCGGGCUACCUCCCGGUGCAUUGUAUCCACCAGCUGCUAAAGUCAAGAACGUUUCUGAAGCACAAGGUGACUAUCAAGUCGUGGAUAUUUAAGCAAAUAUGCAGCUCCGUACGACCAGUACAUCCAGUUAUGCCCGCACUUGUUGAGGUCUUUGUCAAUACUCUUAUAAUACCAAAUCCCACAGGCAAAGUCAACAUAGACCACAUGCAUCGGCCUUUUACAGAAGCCGAAAUUCUUCAUGUCUUUCGUACAUCACAGCUUACCUUCAUUACUGAAGAGUUCCCCCUGCCAGAGGGCGAUGAGCUUGCUCAGGUCGAGGUUAGCUGUCCACUGACAGCACAGUUACUCAUGAUCUAUUACCUUAUGUUGUAUGAGGAUACGAGACUGAUGAACCUCAGUGCUCUGGGAGGUCGCAAGCAGAAGGAGUACACAAACAACUUCCUUGGAGGCUUGCCCUUAAAAUACCUAUUGCAGAAGGCUCAUCAAUACCACAAUGAUUAUUUGUCGUUGUUCCAUCCGCUGUUACGACUUAUUAUAUCUAAUUAUCCUCAUCUGAGCAUGGUGGAUGACUGGCUGGAGGAGCACUACAGCUUAAGCAGUGCAAGUGAGGCGAGUAAAGCUUAUGAGGUUAAGAAGGAACUCCUUAGCCAAGCACUGGAUAUGCUUAAAACAAAACCCCACCUAGCUAUAAGAGUGUUUAAGCGACUUCUUCAGCUGCCACCCGAAUCGUUGGCCCAAUACGCACAACUGUUGGUAAACCACAUGCCAGAUGUGUUUGAGAAAUCUGUGCCGAGGUAUAUUAAAGAUCUCUACAACGACUUGUGGCUGCGGUUGAAUGCUGUGCUGCCGACAACGUUUUGGGUUUUGUCCCUGAAAGCAAUCACAAGUACUAAGGAUUCGAUCAGCCGAAAAACCUUUGUCAACGAAAGUCUGUUAGAGCCUAUGGAAGUUUUAGGGUGUCCCAGACAUGUCUUCUGCUCGCCAUAUAUGCUUGUGAUACUGUUACGCAUAUUGAAAGGAAGCCUAGCGGCAUCCAAGACAUACCUCAAUGUUCACAUGCAACAGAAGCAGGUGCUCGACAAAAACGGACUUGUGCAAACGGAUGCGGAUCGAGAGGAACUAAAAACCACGUUGAUUGCCUCACAGGAGAGCGCUGCUGUGCAUAUUCUGCUCGAAGUGCUCGAGUAUAUGGCGAAUAAAGCAAAUACCCGAGUUGCCAAAUUGGAGUUGCGGGAAAUACAGGGCAUUAUUGGUACCUAUGUGCACCAGGUAUUUAUCUCGGAGCCAUCGCUGGCCAAGCUGGUGCACUUCCAGACUUAUCCAAAGUCCAUAAUACCAAUGAUUGUGGCGAGUGUGCCUUCAAUGCAUAUUUGUAUUGAUUUUGUGCACGAAUUUCUGAAUGUAACUGAAAUGGAUAAGCAAAUCUUCACGAUAGAACUAACCUCACAUUUGGUGCUUAAUUAUUCAAUACCGAAGAGUCUCGGAGUUUCCAAGUUCUGCAUAAAUGUAAUUCAAACCACACUCUCGCUGCUAACGUCAUCCGCCAAAUGCAAAUUCUUGAGAAACGUGCUGCCUGCUAUUGUGCGCUUUGCCGAAACAUUUCCCAUUCUUGCCGAUGAUUGUGUAAACAUUUUAAUGAACACCGGUCGUAGCUUACAUUCGCAAUCCUCGUUGGGCGUAACAACUAUGCAAAUGCCGUUGACGGAGAGUGCGAAGCUGUGCUCGUAUCGUGACGCCCAGUGGCAUAUCAUUAUGAUUGAAGAUGCUUUCAAAGCACUUGUAUCUGCUGUUUUGCAAAAGGCUGAAUUAUAUUAAUGUUUAUGCAGGAGAGAUGUAAAUGUAAAUUUGAGAUAUGGGUGAAUGCGAUCAUAUGGCCUGUAAGAUUUCCUCUGUUGUACAUAGGGAAGAACUAAAUAAUGAUGAUAUGAUAUAAGUGCGUAGUAUUUGUACAAUAUAUUAAAUUCGAAUUAAAUACACAUAUGUACAUAUAAGAUAACUUGACCAAUAAAAAACCGUUUCUAAGUUCAUACGA